GCUGGGAGAAAGGACACUUAUCUAUCCCAGGUCAGUCAUCGCCCUAAGAGGGAGACUGAUGUGGGGAGGACUCUCAGGAUUCACCCUGGAGACAAAGAAUUGUUCCAAGGUUACCAGUACAGCCUAACUAUAAAUACUUAGCUGGAGAGAGGAGGAUGGAGAAAGCGUUGCCAUUGCUGGGGAAGUUCAAGGGUAGAGGACAUUUAGGUAAGAGAUAACAGAAAAAAAACAAAGGUUUGGCCAGGUGAUGGUGGCGUACUCCAGAGGCAGAGGCAGGAAGUUCUCUGAGUUUAAGGCCAGCCUGGUCUACAUAGAAGGUUCCAGAACAUCCAGGGCUAUACAGAGAAACACUGUCUUGAAAAAUAAAGAGAAAGAAAAAGAAAAGAAAAACGAAGAGUUGAAAGGGGAAGCAAGGAAGGAAGAGGGGCAUAUGUAGAAAACGUGUGUAGACAACAUAUUCCAAGGCUAAAGAGUCAAGUAAGUUUAGGGAAAAAGAGAAUGGGGGCCGGAUGUCCCAAGGAAGGUCAAAGGACUGAAAUAAGCUAUGUUUGGGCACUGAAGUAAAAUUUAAGUCCUUUUGAACUUAAAUCUGACAUUCUUGCUCCAUUCUUGACUCUUGGGGUGGUGCUGUUGCUGAGAAUCAAACCCAGGGCCUCAAGCAGGCUAGGCAGAUAUUCUCCCACCAGGCUUGCCUACCUGUCUUCCCUCCUCCCUAUUCCCCUCCCUUCCUUCAUUCCUUUUUAAUUUACAUGCAUGUAUGUGUGGGAUGCAUGUUUGUAUGUGUGUGGGUGUACAUCCAUAUAUAUACAUGUGUUAGUGUAGCUCAGGGAACAACUUCAAACGUCAUUCCAGAGGUGUUUUCUUCCAUUUUAUUUAUUUAUUUUUAGACAAGGUCUUUCAUUGGCCUAGUCAUCACCUAGUGGCCCAGGAUAGCUGGCAGGCUGGCCAGCAACCACUGGGCAUCUCCUGUCUUUAACUCCCGGCACUGGGACUUACAAGGCUAUGUUUGAUCCUCCUAGAUACAAGUUAAGCAAUUUUUCCAACUGAGCUAUCUCCCCAGUGAACCCCCACCCCAAGUCUUUCUUUACACUCUUUUAAAUUUGAUUUUGUAGGCCUGCUUCUCUAAAGUUUAUGGGAUGGAAAGCCAGGCAUUGUAGUUUACACCUAUAAUCUAGUACUUUAAGAGGCUGAGGCAGGAGUACAGUUGCAGGUUCAAGGUCAGCCUGUGCCGCACACUGCAUAAAACAUCAGCAAGGGCAAAAAUGGUCCAAGGAUGGCGGGGUCACUACCUGAGAGGCUCUUGGGGAUUAAAUAGAGCCUGCAGGCGACGGCAGUGUGUGGCACGCGGUUAGCACCCGGCGGAUGCUAUACUCUGAUGUACAUCUUCCCUUCUACUACCUGCUGUGGGGUCAUGGCUGUCAUUGUCCGUUGGUUUCCUCACCCAACAGCUGGAUGUUGUGCUGCUGCCAGUUCAGAGACUCUGAAGUGUGAAGGACCUGUCAGCCCUGACCAUAGCAGCUGCCACACUGAUGAGGAAGAGGAGGAUGUGAUCCAUCCCGGCGACGCUGACUUCCAGGUCAAGGGCUACAAGUUCAGCAAACCCUUCCAUCUCAUCGUUUCCUAUGACUGGCUGAUCCUCCAAAGUCCAGCUACAGCCAUAUUUGAAGGAGACCCACUGGUUCUGCACUGUCGUGCCUGGCAAGACUGGCCACUGACUCAGGUCAUCUUCUACCGAGAGGGCUCAGCCCUGGGUCCUCCUGGACCUAAAAAAGAAUUCUCUAUCGAUGUGGUGCAAAUGUCAGACAGCGGACUCUACCACUGCAGUGGCAUCUUCAGAAGUCCUGGCCCUGGGGGCCGAGAGACCGCCUCCCCUGUGGCUAUCACAGUCCAAGAAUUGUUCCCAGCCCCAGUUCUCAAAGCCUCGCCUUCUAAUGAGCUCCACGAAGGAGGCUCAGUGAUCCUGAGCUGUCAGACAAAGCUGUCCCUGCAGAGGUCAUCUUCCCGCCUCCUCUUCUCCUUCUACAAGGAUGGACGGUCACUGAGUAUGGAGAACGUCUCUUCAGAACUCCAGAUCUCCAAAGCUUCAGAAGAGCACUCCGGCUCCUACUGGUGCGAGGCAGCUACUGAGGACAGGCAAGUGUGGAAGCAGAGCUCUCAGCUGGAGAUCCGGGUGCAGGCUCUUCAGAAACCAACUGCUUCAGAGACUCCUCCUACGGAGCCCCCUGGUCCUCUGCCUCCACCACCCACUCCUUCUGCAGAACACCUGGGAUUCUCUUCCUUCGACCCCCACUUCCAUCACCAGAUGCGCCUUCUUCUCAAACAAAUGCAGGACGUAAAAGUUCUCCUUGGUCAUCUGGUCAUGGAGUUGAGGGACUUGACUGUCUACCUGAAGCCUGGUGUCACGAAGGCUGCUGACAAAUGAACGCAAACUAAUUCAUCGGUGAUGCUCAACCGAUGAAGCAAUUCCAGCUGUUUCUGGACUGUGUGCGUGCAAAAAUGGUUCUGCGAGCUGCUUUGGUACUUUGUUAGGAUAAUGGAGCUGUUUGAGAGAAAAUAAA